GCCGGGGAGGGAAGGAAGGAAGGGAAGGAAGGAAGCGAGGCGAAGCGAAGCGAAGCGGGGGGAGCGGGCCGCGCUGUUGCCCUUUUAAGCGAGCGAGCGGGCGCCGCAGGCUGGUACAAAGGCAGCCGCCGCCGCGCUCGCCGUCUCCGCGCCGGCUGGGGCUGCCCCGGCCCCCCCGCCCGCCGCCAUCUUCCGCCCCGCGGGCAGGGCCAGGGCCGGGGGCAGGGGCAGGGCAGGGCCGGGGCCGGGGCCGGCCCGGGCAGAGCAGCCGCGGGGGCGAGGCGAGGCGGCGCAGGCCCGGGCCCGGAGCCGCAGCCGGAGAUGAGGCCAGGAUGUCGGUGUCAGGGCUCAAGGCCGAGCUGAAGUUCCUCGAGUCCAUCUUCGACAAGGACCACGAGCGCUUCCGCAUCGUCUCCUGGAAGCUGGACGAGCUCCACUGCCAGUUCGUGCUCCUGCCGCCGCCGCCGGGCUCCGGCCCGCAGCCGCCGCCGCCGCUCACCAUCCACUGCAACAUCACGGAGUCUUACCCCUCUUCAUCGCCAAUAUGGUUUGUAGAAUCAGAUGACCCAAACCUGACUUCAGUCUUGGAGCGUUUAGAAGAUAUUAAGAAGAGCAAUACUCUGCUUCUUCAGCAACUGAAGCGACUAAUAUGUGACCUCUGCAGAUUGUAUAAUCUUCCUCAGCAUCCAGAUGUUGAAAUGUUAGAUCAGCCAUUACCAGCUGGACAGAACGGAACAACAGAAGAAGUUACGUCGGAGGAGGAGGAGGAGGAAGAUAUGGGUGAAGACAUUGAAGAUCUGGAUCACUAUGAUAUGAAGGAGGAGGAACCAGUUGACGGGAAGAAAUCUGAGGAUGAAGGCAUUGAGAAAGAGAACCUUGCAAUCUUAGAAAAAAUCAGAAAAAAUCAAAGGCAAGAUCACUUAAAUGGUGCAGUCUCUGGGUCAGUUCAGGCUUCAGAUCGACUUAUGAAAGAACUCAGGGAUAUAUAUAGAUCACAGAGUUACAAAACAGGGAUAUAUUCAGUGGAACUGGUAAAUGACAGCUUGUAUGAAUGGCAUGUUAAGCUUCUAAAGGUUGAUCCUGACAGCCCACUGCAUAGUGAUCUUCAGGUCUUAAAAGAAAAAGAAGGUGUAGAAUACAUUUUACUCAACUUCUCUUUUAAGGAUAAUUUCCCUUUUGAUCCUCCCUUUGUACGAGUGGUAUCUCCUGUGCUCACAGGAGGGUAUGUCCUAGGUGGAGGUGCGUUAUGCAUGGAACUUCUUACUAAACAGGGCUGGAGCAGUGCCUAUUCAAUAGAAUCAGUCAUCAUGCAGAUCAAUGCCACUUUAGUCAAAGGAAAAGCCAGAGUACAGUUUGGAGCCAAUAAGAAUCAAUAUAAUCUAGCAAGAGCACAGCAGUCCUACAAGUCACUAGUACAAAUACAUGAGAAAAAUGGCUGGUACACUCCUCCAAAAGAAGAUGGUUAAUACUGAGGACUGUUGUAUACCUGGACCAAUGUCAACAAAACAAGCUCUUUUUUAUGUUUUCCAACACACAGACUCAAGCUACGAGUGCCCCUUAUAACAGCCGUACUGAAGACUUUAGCUAUUAGAUAAGUUAGUGGAUAAUCUGUCAACUGACACGUAAAGUAUGUUACAGCCUUACCAUUCCGCUCUUCUUAGGUAUCUCGGACUGAGCAAUUUGGGCCUUUACUGUAUUUGUUCUUUACGGAUUGCGCAUAUUUGGGCCACUCCCUCCCUUCUCCUUUUUUUUUUAAUUUUAUUUGGAAGUGUAAGUUCCCUACGGCAGGCUAUCAAGUUACUAAAGAUCAUUCAAUAGGAGUUGUUCACACACUUUUUUUUUUGGUGUAUUUCUUAACUUUGGCAGAAUGCAGACUGCAGACUUGCGUUGUAUUGUUUCAUUUAAAGCCAGGAAGUGGGAUACGUUGUUUAAUACUGUUCUAGGCAAUGUCAGAUCUUGCAAAUCACAGUAGUUUUUCUGGUCUGAAAUGACAGCGUUUGUAGUAUUUCCAAAUUAAUGAUAUAGGAAAAGCACAUGUAUGUUAAGUCAUUAAACAUUUUUCAUGGCCGUAUGAGAAUA